GCGAGAAUGUCUGGACGAGGGAAAACUGGAGGCAAGAGUCGAGCCAAAGCGAAGACCCGCUCCUCCAGAGCUGGGUUGCAGUUUCCAGUCGGACGCAUUCAUCGUUUGUUGCGGAAGGGUCACUAUGCGGAGCGGGUGGGCGCCGGUGCGCCGGUCUAUUUGGCCGCCGUGCUCGAAUACCUGACGGCCGAGCUGUUGGAGUUGGCGGGCAACGCGGCCCGCGAUAACAAGAAGACCAGGAUCAUCCCUCGACAUCUGCAGCUCGCCGUCCGCAACGACGAGGAACUGAAUAAACUACUGGGAGGCGUCACUAUCGCCCAGGGCGGGGUCCUGCCGAACAUCCAGGCGGUUCUGCUGCCCAAGAAGACGGGGCAGCCGAGCAAGGUCUACGCUUGAACAUGUAAAGACUAAGCGAACGAACAAACUACUUGAACCCAA